GGUAGUACACAUUGUAGAAAACAUAACCGAAGAAAACUAUCUUAGAGUAAAGCUAGAUUAAACAUUGAUCUUAAAUAGACUUCCGACAUGAGGGUGCAUUUUAACAAUAACAACAAUGGAGAGGAGGAAUAUCUUUCAGACUCCGACACUGCCAGUACCACCAGCAGUGAAAGUCCUGUGUGGGACCUUGCAAUCAAUGAACAGCCGGAAUUCGGUAUCCUGUUUGAUGUCGAUGGGGUGCUAGCCAGGGGAAGCAACCCAUUGGACCCCGCCAUACAGGCCAUCAAAUUACUGACAGAUACUGAAGGCAACCUUCGUGUUCCAGUGGCUUACGUCACGAAUGCCUGCAACAGAAGCCAUGACAAGGCUGCCCAGAUACAGAACUGGUUCAACAUUCCGGUAAGCCCAAACCAGGUAAUACACGCCCCUACACCUGCCCGCCUCCUCACAGAGUACCAUGACAAGCACGUGCUGGUGGUGGGACAAGAACACAGACAGGAGAUAGCAGAAGAUAUUGGGUUCACCAACACGUGUACGAUAGAGGAUAUCCGAGAUGCAUAUCCCUUCCUGGACAUGGUUGACCAUGACAACCGGACACGAGUGGCCGCCGGAAGCUUCAGCGAUAAUCCAAGCUUUCCACGAGUUGAAGCAAUCCUGAUGAUUGGCGAGCCAAAGCGUUGGGAGUCCUCCCUCCAGCUUCUUAUUGAUCUACUUCUGACGGAGGGCAAGCCCACAUCUGCGCCAACCUCUGUCAAAGACGUCCGACAGUUGCCCAUCAUCGCCUGCAAUAUGGACCUUGUGUUCAUGGCCGAGGCAUGCAUGCCAAGAUUCGGACACGGGGCCUUCCUCGUCUGUCUCGAGGCUUUGUACAGGAAAAUAACGGGACAGGACCUGGACUACACUGCAUUGAUAGGCAAACCCUGUGAGAUCACAUACAGAUAUGCAGAACACACCAUUGCCGCAGAGGCUAAGAAAAUUGGAAUCACGCGACCAAUCAAGAAGCUUUAUUUCAUUGGAGAUAAUCCGCACGUGGACAUCGUCGGCGCCAACCUUUAUGAUCGGUUUCUAAAACAAAGCAAAACUGGAAAUGGACAUAUUCACAAACCUCUCCCAAGGUCAAGGUCAAUCCCAUGUAGCGAUCACCUGAUGGAGCAAACUGUACAAGCAAUGGAAAGUCUGCUGGUUGGAACUGGGGUCUACAACGAAGAGAAGGAAUCCAAGAAGACAGACAACUCCGAUGUGUAUCACGGGCAUCGCGACAUCAUGCAUGAGCCAGAACUCGCAAAACCCACGCGCUUCGUGAAAGACGUUUACCAUGGCCUUCAACAUAUAUUCGAACAGGAGAACUUUCGUGUAGCGACAUGAUUCGUUAAAAAAAAAAAACAACUUGAGUUUGGUUGUGAUGCAUCGAGCAGCGGACCACAACAUCAAAUCCUCGGCUGAAUGAGCUGAACCAAAGUACUGCAAUCUGUGAUACUGCCAUUCCGCUUUGCCAUUUUGGAGUUGAACAGGCGCUCUCUGAGCUGGUUUUGGAGGCGCAACCAAUUCUAGUCUAGAACGUUAAAGCCGACAUCGUAUCUGGUGACUGUCUCAGAAACUGUGGUCAUGAUGAACCAGUUUUAGGUUGUAUCCAGCAAUCACCUGCCAGCUUCUUGAAUGAUGAAUUGAUAUAUUGAAAUAACGAUAAAUUUCCUCUGACGUGGAAACAAUUCUGGACUAAGAGGACGUAGCAUUGUACAUCGGUGGCAUGCUACCUGUAAAUAUACUGACAUUUUGUAAAAAAAAGAAGGGGGAAAAUAGAUCAAAUGAAUCCUGGAAAUGUUGUUCAUUAAUUGUAUUGAAAUAAAUAUGAACUUAAAACCAUGUUUAUGUAAAUUUAUGUAAAUAUAUAUUGCCAUGGCGACGGCCUCUGCCAAUAAUGAGGUCAGGAUUGAGCCAGUUACAUCUGUUUGUCCUUCAUAGUGUCAUGACGUCACCACGAAGCAUCAAAACAGAUCGUUCAUAAACGUCUGACGUGUCUCCAUUGUGUUCAUCGUCAUCAUUUUAUGUGUUAUUUAUUGGAUAAUUGUAUUAUUAAGUCUCAUUGAUUGUAUUUAUAUAUUUGUUAUAUUUUUGACACGAAACUUGAAGAAUAAAUGAUAUAAAUAUG